AUGGGUGAUAGGAAACCACUGCUGGAUCCGCUCGCACCGUCUCCCGCUCCUGCUGCUGGCUCUCGCGCGCUCCCUUCGUCCUCUUCCUCCUCACAGCGAACAGGUCGACGACGAGCUUGUGAGGACGACGACGAAGAUGAUGCUGGUGGGACAGUGGACGAGGAGGCGCAGUCGACGAAGAGCGUGUCGGGCUUCUCACGGUUCAGGCGAAAGCUAGGCGAGACGCUGAAGCAAUCCUGGGUCGAAUGGACGAUCCUCGCCCUGUGCUUGACAGACUUCACCAUCUCGAUGACCCAGAUCUCGUACUUCUUCCUCCGCGACACGACCUGCGAAUGUACGAAGUCCUGCCCGCCCGACCCGCCCAUCCUCGAGUUCUGCGACAUCCUGAGCCUGCUAAUCACCGGAGCAUUCGUCGUCGAGAUCUUGCUCGACUUUACCGCCUUCGGUCCGGCGUAUUACCUCACAGACCGCUUUCACUGGCUCCAUUCAGCCGACGCCGUAGUAAUCCUCGUCGCCUUCGUCCUCGAGGUCGUCCUCAAGGGCACGGAGAAACAAAUCGCCUCACUUAUAACGAUCCUCCGACUCUGGCGCCUGAUCAAGCUCGUCUCCUCAGCCGAAGUGAGCCUCACGUCGUACGAGGAGAUGUCGAUGUAUGAGCGGGAGCGGAAGGCGUGGGAGGUUGAGCGCAAGAGGUGGGAGAGGGAGAAGAGGGGGUUGGAGAGGGAGGUGAGGGGAUUGAGGAGGAGGGUGAGGGAGCUGGAGGAUGAGGAUGAAGGGGAGAGGGAGGAGUGGUGA